AUGCAAAAUCAAUCAGUUAAAAAAAGAAAGACUCUUUCUCAUGAAAAAGAAGUUUUAGAAAGAUUACUUAUCUAUAAGACUAAAAUUCCUGAUCAAGUAUAUCAAGAAAUCGAACAGUUAUUAGGAGUAGAAUGGAAUAAGAAAAAGAUUUAUAGCUGGUGGAAUUAUCAUAUCAAAAAAUCUGAUUAG